AUGCAAAGAAGAAUUAGCCAGGAACAAAAAACAAACAUAUUGCAAGCUUUCCAAUUAGCUGAUAAAACCAGCAAAGGUUAUCUAGACAAGCAUGAUCUCAAAGUAGCAUUUGUCUACUUGUUUGGGUACAAACCUUCAAGCUAUGAAGUCCAGGAACUUAUGAACAAAUCAAAUGAUGAUACAAGUUCUGGGAUGACCAUAGACACUUUUCUGAGAAUUGCUUCUACUAAGACACUUGCACAAGAUCCAGAUGAUCAUAUCAGGCAGGUUUUCCAAGCUUUUGAUAUGGAAUGUAGGGGUUUCAUCACCCUGGAUAAUGCCAAGAGAGUCUUUUCACAAGUAGCACCUUUUGUUAGUGCCAAAAAUGUGGAGAAUGUUUUCAGAGAGAUUGAUGGUGAUGGUGAUGGUAGAGUUAGCUACAAAGACUUUGAGUUUAUGAUGAAGUAUGCAGUGAGUGAUGACUUGUAA